CUCAUGGCAAUCAGAAAUAAACUAAGCAAAAGUUGACAAAAUUCUCAGUAAAAUGGAGCAAAAACCUUCAUUCGAUGCAGAGGCACUCUCAUCGGGCAGCUUUGUGGCGCCGCAAAAGUGCAAUUUGGCCAUUCAACGUGGCAUCUACUUUGCUCUCCGCAUGCCCGACUGGGCCUCCCAAUUCAAGCGGCAAACGCACGACAUUCUGGCCACAACACUGCAGAGCCCCGUUGCACCGUUGCCAAAGGAGAAGCAGGAGAGCUUUACGGGCUCGCAAAAGCAGCUGCGAGGCUGCUUCUAUGAGGAGCAACUGGAUGCCCGAGAGGACAGCAAGCAAAUUCGAUCCCCGAAAAUCAAAGACGACAUAACAUGCGGCAAACGUGAGCCCGUCUAGAUGGCCGCACUUUACACUUCAUCUCGUAGCAAAAUUCACAGUAAAACUAAUAUUUCGAGAC